AUGUCAUGGGCUUUGCACUCAAUUCACCCCAGCUCUGUAUGCAGACACCCUCACAGUGUGAAGUGUACAAUACACAAAUAGCCAAACAUGGAAUUAAGUGUCUGUUAUCCCCUGCCUGGAAGAGAUUUCUCCAAGUUGUGAGUCUUGUAUCUUCAGCACACAAGGCCGUGGUGCCCCUUGGCACCAGAAGACCGUCGGGAGCCUCCGUAGCAACAAUGGACGUCUUCUUGAUGAUCCGUCGCCACAAAAUGACCAUCUUUGCUGAUGCCAAGGAGACGACUACUGUGCAGGAGCUGAAGAAGAUUGUGGAGGGCAUCCUGAAGAGGCCUCCGGAGGAGCAGCAGCUAUACAAGGAUGACUGGUUGCUGGAGGAUGGUGAGAGGACCCUGAUAGAAUGUGGGUUAAGCAGUCAGACUUCCCGUCCCCAGGCACCAGCCAUGGUGGGCUUGGCCUUAUUCAGAGCCAGCGAGGGCUCCUUUGAGCCAUUGCACAUCGACCCCUUCUCCAGCACCCCUGAGCUGCCUGAUGUCUUGAAGCCUCAAGAUUCUGGCAGCAGCUCCAGCGAGCAGCCUAUGCAGUGAAACCAGGGUCCACUGCUCCAUC